AUGUGGGCAACUAGACCAGGUCCCCAGCGAUUUAUUUUGGGCGAAUACGCGAUUUACGCUGCAAUGCAACAUGUCUAUUUCCACCCCCCUCUCUCUCUCUCUCUCUCUCUCUCUCUCUCUUUCUGUCUUUCUCUCUCAGUCACGCUCUCUUUUUCCAAAACCUCCACCCAGCGUUGGUCCUUUAAUUCAGCAGUGGACAUUGUAUUGGCUAAACAAAAAUCGAUAAUCAAUCAAUACACAAUAAGUCGUCUCUCUGUCUGCACGCUAUCAUUAUCUUUGACCAUGUUCGUCCCUCCGCCGACAGUCCGCCUCCGACAGCGAAGCCCGGAUCUAUCGUCAAUAAGAUAUAAUCUAUGUUAUUGUGCCUACCCCUUGUCAAUAUAUAUCAUCGUCGAUCGGAUCGAGAGAGCAAUUAAAAUACGAAUUCUCCCUCCUACUCUCUCUUAUAUUCAUUCUUUCUUUCACCAUUUCGCCAGUCAUUUCUUUCCUUCCAUUAUAACUUUUCAUUUUUUACGUGAUUUCUUUUUCUUUCUUUUUACUAAACACCUCUUUCUUUUUAUUUUUUUUUUACGUCCUUUUCUUUCUUUUUUCAUUCCUUGGUUAGUUUUUCAGAUCAUUUUUUUUCUUUUCUUUUCUUUGUGUUUUCAUUCAUUUAUUUUUCAUUUUUCUUUCUCUUCAUUUUGUCUUUGUCUCACACUUUUUAUUUUCCUUUCACAUUCUUUCUUCGUUUUUUUCUUUAAGGUGUUUUAUUACUGUGUAAAUUUUGCCCCAUGA